AAGGCAAGCACUGCUCUGAAGUUGAUCAGUCUGCUUAGAAAACUUCUCCAGAGGGGAAAGUGUUGUUUAGAAUCGGAAAGUCCAGAAUUUCAGUGCAAACGAAUUGCGCACAGACUGGACACUUGGAGACAUUUGGCAAACGGACUAAUCUGAAACAUUAACUACCCUUAAAAUUCAACGGAUUUUUAAUUCUAUUUUUUUUUAAUAAUAUUUUAAUUUAUUCUCUUUUUCAAAGAUUUAGACCUGUGCUUUAUUUUUGCAUGCGGACUUUUCGAAGUUCCCAUCAUUUGCAUUAAAACCCGAUGACCUGAGACUGUUUUUACUUGCUGUUUUUCAUCAGAGCUCACUAGUUUGAACGCGAGAAAGAGAAAUAUGAUGGUUUUUAUGAUGGUUACAUUUUUUGCGGCUCUGACCCUCAGCUUUGGCUCUUAUGUGCCGUGCGAGCCAUGCGAUCAGAAGGCGCUGUCCAUGUGUCCUCCGGUCCCGUUGGGCUGUCAGCUGGUGAAGGAGCCCGGCUGCGGCUGCUGCUUGACUUGCGCUCUGGCUGAGGGUCAGGCGUGCGGUGUCUACACCGGUACAUGCGUGCUUGGGCUGCGCUGCCUGCCGCGGAACGGCGAAGAGAAGCCGCUGCACGCCCUGCUGCACGGAAAGGGAGUGUGUACGAACGAGAAAGGAUACAAACCACCACAUCAACCUAUUGAUCGUGAUUCUAUAGAGCAUGAUGAUACAGUGAAAGCAGACACAACCGAAGACCAGCCUCCUAAAAUUCCUCUUUACCCCAAACCAGACGUGAUCAACAGCCGGAAGCAUGCUGCCGUGCGCAAAGACAAGAAGAAACAGCAGGAGAAGCUGCGGUCAGUGGGGUCGAUGGACUACUCCCCCAUUCCCAUCGACAAGCACGAGCCGGAAUUCGGUCCUUGCAGAAGGAAGCUGGAUGGAACCAUUCAGAAUAUGAAAGACACCUCUCGCAUCAUGGCGCUGUCCCUGUACCUUCCUAACUGUGACAGGAAGGGCUUCUAUAAGCGCAAACAGUGCAAGCCCUCCCGUGGCCGGAAACGAGGCAUCUGCUGGUGCGUGGACAAGUACGGUGUGCAGCUGCCCGGCACCGACUACAGCGGCGGUAACAUACAGUGCAAGGAUUUGGAAAACACCAACAACAACGAGCUUGAUGAUUGACCACCUAAAUGUGGCUUCAACCAGCAUGUGAAAAAGACCCAUUUGUGGCUGGAGGACUCUAAAAAUGUUCAGCAUUUGGAACUCUUAUUAAAAACAAUAAAACAGAGAAAAAAACUCAAAUUAUUAAGAAAGUGAAUAUCACUGUGUAAUAUUUAUUCAACUUGUAAUUUAUGUACUCUUUUAACCUUUGUCUCUUUUUUUUUUCUUUUUUUUUUUUUUGUUAUGACAAAGCAUUUAUUUAAAUAAAGUUAUGUAUUCAUUUAAGCUUGUGUAAUACAUUUAUUCAUACAUGACAGUUAUUUGUUCUUGUUUAUAAGAAACAUUUUAAUAAAUUGGUAUCACUAGCCACGGCAGUAACCACAGGACGAUUUCCUACUAUGUCACAUUAUUAUCACAUUCUGCAUGCAAAACGAAGAGGGUAGACACUGAUAUUUAAAUAGCCCAGUAGAAAAUCAAAUGUUGAUACUGUAUGUCAGUAUUAACACUUACAGUUAAAGGAAUAGUUCACCUAAAAAUUACAAUUCUCUCAUCAUUUACUCACCCUUAUGCUGCCUCAAAAUCAUCUGACUUUCGUUCUUCUGUGGAACACAAAGAUAUUUUCAAAGCAUGUGUGUUUAUAUUAACUGUAAACAAUCCAAGUCAGUGGGGUCCAACACAUUCAAGCUCCAAAAAGGACAGAAAGGCAGCAUAAAGGUAAUCCAUACAACUCGUGUAGUUAAUCCAUGUUAGCAUGAGGAAGUAUAAUCGAGCUUCAAAACAUGAUCGCACCAAUUAGACUUAUAGAAGAUUUAUAGUGAAAAUUAGUUAAAUUUUGGUCUGUUUCUCACCCAAAAAUGAUCUAUUAUCUCUUCAGAAGACAUGGUUUAAACCACUCGAGCCAUCUGGAUUACUUUUAUGCUAUGUUUAUGUCCUUUUUAGAGCUAGAAAAUGUUAGACGCCAUUGACUUGCAUUGUAUAGAUAAAAUACGCAAGCAUUGCUUAUACACCAAUCAGCCACAACAUUAAAACCACCUGCCUAAUAUUGUGUAGGUCCCCCUCGUGCCGCCAAAACAGCUCUGACCUGUCGAGGCAUGGACUCCACAAGACCUCUGAAGGUGUCCUGUGGUAUCUGGCACCAAGAUGUUAGCAGCAGAUCCUUUAAGUCCUGUAAGUUGCAAUGUGGGGACUCCAUGGAUCGGACUUGUUGGUCCAGCACAUCCCAUAGAUGCUCAAUCGGAUUGAGAUCUGGGGAAUUUGGAGGCCAAGUCAACACCUUGAACUCUUUGUCAUGUUCCUCAAACCAUUCCUGAACAAGUUUUGCAGUGUGGCAGGGCGCAUGAUCCAGCUGAAAGAGACCACUGCCAUCAGGGAAUACCGUUGCCAUGAAGGGGUGUACGUGGUCUGCAACGAUCUUUAGGUGGUACAUGUCAAAGUAACAUCCACAUGAAUCCUGGGACCCAAGGUUUCCCAGCAGAACAUCGCCCAGAGCAUCAAAAUGCCUCCGCCGGCCUGCCUUGUUCCCAUAGUGCAUCCUGCUGCCAUCUCUUCCCCAGGUAAAUGAUGCACACGCACCUGGUCGUCCACAUGAUCUAAGAGAAAACGUGAUUCAUCAGACCAGGCCACCUUCUUCCAUUGCUCCAUGGUCCAGUUCUGACAUGCACGUGCCCAUUGUAGGCGCUUUCAUGGUGGACAGGGGACAGCAUGAGCACUCUGACCGGUCUGCGGCUACGCAGCCCCAUACGCAGCAAGCUGCAAUGCCCUGUGUGUUCUGAUACCUUUUUAUCAUGGCCAGCAUUAAGUUUUUCAGCAGUCUGUGCUACAGUAGCUCUUCUGUGGGAUCGGACCAGACGGGCUAGCCUUCGCUCCCCAUGCGCAUCAAUGAGCCUUGGGCACCCAUGACCCUGUCGCCGGUUCAGCGGUUGUCCUUCCUUGGACCACCUUUGGUAGGUACUAACCGCUGCAUACCAGGAACACCCCACAAGACCUGCCGUUUUGGAGAUGAUCUGACCCAGUUGUCUAGCCAUCACAAUUUGGCCCUUGUCAAAGUUGCUCAGAUCCUUACGCUUACCCAUUUUUCCUGCUUCCAACACAUGAAAUUCAAGAACUGGUUGUUCACUUGCUGCCUAAUAUAUCCCACCCCUUGACAGGUGCCAUUGUAAUGAGAUAAUCUAUGUUAUUUACUUCACCUGUCA